CCGGAAGAGGUCGCGUUAUAAGGCGCAGGCGGCGGCGGCAGCCAGAGCCGCUAGGAGUCUGGGCCUGGCCGCGGCGCUAGGAUGAAUGCUCCUCCGGCCUUCGAGUCGUUCUUGCUCUUCGAGGGCGAGAAGAAGAUCACCAUUAACAAGGACACCAAGGUGCCCAAUGCCUGUUUGUUCACCAUCAACAAAGAAGACCACACACUAGGAAACAUCAUUAAAUCGCAGCUGCUGAAGGAUCCACAGGUGCUGUUUGCUGGCUACAAAGUCCCCCAUCCCUUGGAGCACAAGAUCAUCAUCCGUGUGCAGACCACCCCGGACUACAGCCCCCAGGAGGCCUUCACCAACGCCAUCACGGACCUCAUCAGUGAGCUCUCCCUGCUGGAGGAGCGCUUCCGGGUGGCCAUCAAAGACAAGCAAGAGGGGAUUGAGUAGUGGUCAGAGGGUGCUCUGCUGCGCCCGUGAGCCCAGCUCCUGCCUCCACUGCCCGCUUCCCUCCAGGCAUCGCAGAGGACCGUGGCCAGGCCCAGGCCCAGCUGUGGCUCCUGGCAGCUUUCCUCGUGAGCCCCCUUCCCUGACACUGAGGUGUCCUGUACAUAGAUCAUUUUAAUUUCCUAAUAAAGUAUGACAGGAAAGGA